CUGCAAGAGCCCGGUGCAGCUGGACGGUGACGUGUGUUUACACAUGCUAUAUGAAGCAGAAGUCUUGUACUCCAGUGCCAACAAGAAUUAUCCCCUUACUCGGGAGUCUCAGCUGCUGCAUGCAGUGGAGUUAAACAGUUUAUUGGAGUCCAUCAAGAAGACAAAGAAAGCUGAACAAUCACAUUUCAAAGAUUUUCCAAAUGCCCAUAAUCUAUGGAAUGCCAAGGCGCACGAGGAUCUGAUAGAAUCACUCCUAAGCCCUACAGUAUCGUUCAAUCACAUUGCCGUAUGUUAAAAAAGACAGGAAAGACACGUGGCACAUAUUAAGGUGAAUGGCUCCUGGCAUGGGGAAAUAGCACAACUACUGAAGGAAUACUUUACUACAUUUUCAUAAAGGAAGAUCCCCAGAGUAUAACAAAUAAACCGCACGAUCAGAAGAAAUACCUUCAGCUGCCACUGUGGAAUGCAGAUCAUCGCUGUUGUUUCUGUUUUCUUCUUGACAUUCCAGGUCUGCAGGACAAAAGUCUUGGAGAAAACAUUUGAGAGGUGGAUGAGAUACAGGGAUGAAUGCUUGAAGAAAAUUGAAAGUGAGCCAUACCCUCAAGGAAUAUAUUGCAAUCGCACAUUUGAUAUGUAUGCUUGCUGGCCAGAUGGAACACCUGGGACAAUUGUCAACAUAUCUUGCCCUUCCUACCUGCCAUGGCUGGAAAAAGUGAAACAUGGGUUUGUAAGCAGAAAAUGUGGCCUGGAUGGUCAGUGGGCCAUGAUUAAUGGCAGUCAGCCGUGGAGGGAUUACUCACAGUGUGAAGAGGAGACAGAAGUCACUGCAGAGGAGGAAGGAACUGGGCGAAUAAUGGACAGCUUUAAGAUCCUCUAUACGAUCGGAUACUCUGUCUCCCUGCUGGCUCUCAUUUCUGCGUUGAUCCUCCUUGGUGCUUUAAGAAAACUGCAUUGUACAAGAAACUACAUCCACUGCAAUCUCUUUACUUCUUUUGUGCUUCGAGCUGUUUCUGUGAUUGUUAAAGAUGCCCUACUAGAAAAGAAGUGGGCUAUGGAGAUCAGCCAAGUGUCUGACUGGGAGAUACUGCUAAGUGACAAGGCUGCCAUUGGUUGUAGGAUUGCCCAGGUCGUAAUGCAGUACUGUAUCCUAGCCAAUCAUUACUGGUUCUUAGUGGAAGCUGUUUACUUAUACAAACUUCUGAUUGGAGCAGUGUUCUCUGAAAAAAACUACUACACACUUUAUCUCUACCUUGGAUGGGGUACACCAAUAAUUUUUGUGGUUCCGUGGAUGGCUGCAAAAUACAUGAAAGAAAAUUCAGAGUGUUGGGCACUGAAUGAUAACAUGGCAUUCUGGUGGAUCAUCCGCUUCCCCAUCUUGCUCGCCUCACUGAUUAAUCUUGUAAUAUUCAUGCGAAUUUUAAAGGUGAUCCUGUCAAAGCUGAGAGCCAAUCAAAAGGGAUAUGCAGACUACAAACUAAGGUUAGCUAAAGCUACUCUGACCCUCAUUCCACUCUUUGGGAUCCACGAGGUGGUUUUCAUCUUUGCAACAGAUGAACAAACGAGUGGUACCCUUCGCUACAUUAAGGUCUUCUUUACACUGUUCCUCAACUCCUUUCAGGGAUUUUUGGUUGCUGUUCUAUAUUGCUUUGCAAACAAAGAGGUGAAGUAUGAAUUGAAGAAGAAAUGGCAGUUGUGGAAAAUGGAUGGAUCUGAGCUCUGUUGUUGCUGGUCAUAGAGAACAGAAGGCCUACCAUUCUGAUUGCACUAGAGGCAGAGACACAUGUAAGGCAGGGGCCAGGAGGAGUUUGUCCCUCUUGUCCAUAUGCUCAUUCUAGUACAUGUGUGAGCUGCUUCUGAACAUGUUUUGCUAAAGACCAAAUGAGAAUGGUUUCAGGGAGAAUCCACUAGCCCGCACAUAUUAGAGAAAGCAAAGAGUGCACAGGUGUCUCCUGAAUGGGGAAUGGGAAGCAAAGUUAGGUAUUUUCAACAGAGGCCCUCCCAGUUCCUGAUCACACCAGCAUCAGCCCAUCAUUGGUAAAGAGACGUGAAGACAAUCAGUUAGAGACAGCUAGCAUCAGUGCAUACAGUGUUCUGACCCAGUGUCAACAAAGGAACUCUCAUUUACCUUUUAGCUAAACCAGUUUAACUGCACGCAGACUCCAGUAAAGAAGUCAGAAUGGGACAGUGGUGGUAAGAAAUAGCCUUUCCCAUAUUAUAGUUCUAAACAAAUAAGAAGCUAAAUGGGAUAUCUGUAGAAAAAGUAUAGUAUUCUAGGCAAGUCAGGUAAGUUUGGAGCAGUUUAGCAGCUUGUCACACAAUUCCAAAGAAAUAACAUAUUAGUAAUCAUCUGUUUUUGCACAGUUUUUACUUAUACAAAACAUAUUAUUAAUCAUCUGUUUUUCACUGUUUUUGUUUAUACAAAAACAAAGUCCUAUAUGAAGUGAUCAGAAAAGGAUGAUACAUGUAUUAGUGGUUGGUGCACAGGAGAUGUAGAACUAGGCAUGCAGAUGAUACAUCAGAUUAAAUGCUAUAAACUUGUCUGAAUGGAAGUUGACUGGGAAAAUAUGAAAUGAAAUUAGUAAAUAACUACACAGGGAGCACAACAUACUACAACCAUCUGCUGCAAAGAGCAAGUACAGACAAUGGCUAGCUAGUUUACAUCCCUGCAGUGGUGUGUUUAUCAGAAUGCACUAGUCAUAAAUGUCAGGGAUAGUCAGUUACGUAUAUUAACUGUACAUUAAUAAUGAAUACCUUAUAGAUGAAAAAGGGACAGAGACAGUUCAGUCUUCUGUGUAACAUAGCAGAGCAUAUACAAUGUAGCACAGCAGUCCAAACAGAAGAGUGUUCGGAAUAUCAGCUCAGAUUACUAUGUUGCUAUUAUAUGUUACUAGAAGCUAUUUGUGUUUGGAAUAGAAAAGAAACCAAACUAACACAUAAAAGCCUCUGGCAUGUAUGCAGGCAAAUAAAUGCAUGUUCAAGCACACACACACACACACACACACACACACACACACACACACACACACACACACACACACACACACGUAGUCAUAUUCACAAACGUGUUUCAUACAGUGGUACAAAAGGACACACUACAACCAAGUACUACAUGGAUUGGUGUACAUUUUCAUAAAGCAAACCAGAAAGCACAAGAAACAUUACUAUGAAGUGCCCUGUAAAUUAAUUACAGUUUAUUAUCAGCUUCUUCAGAAAAUAAAAAGAUUAAAAAAAAAUAAAUAAACACACUGCCAAAUCACAACAUUCAGUAAAUUUGCUUACAAACCAGUUAAAUUAUAUCAGCCCUUGCAAGUGUGUCUAAAACUUCCACAUAUUCAGAUGUAUCUUGAAUAAAAAUGGAACCUCCCUUACUUGCUGUAAUAAUAACUACCAAAGUAUCCUCUUUUAACUUCAGAAGUAUUUUGUUUCUCCUCAACAGUUAUAUUACCACCCUUAUAUUGUACAGCCAAUUGUAAUACCUUCCAUGUUCUUUUAUAACUUUAAAACAGGAUACUUUGAGGGAAUUAAACAGAUGGAUUCCUAAAUGUGCAUCUGUUUCCCACCAUUAUUCUGAAAAAAGCAGCUUGAAACUAAGAUUAUUUCAGAAAUUCCUAACAUCCAAUAAUAAUAAAAAAAAAACAUUAACCCAUGUUGCUUUCAUGAAACACAAACCUUUAUUGAAAUGAGAUGCAUUUCAACGUUUAAAAAAAUAAAUAAAUAUAUAUAUAUA